AUGUAAAAAAUUAAAAAGGUAUACACUUUCUUAAUCUUAGAGUAAAUAUCGUUUAAAAGAUGUGAUUGAAGGCAAAACAAGUAAUGAUGAAAAAUCUGCUUAAAAAUUUGUUUAACUUUCGCAUAUUAAAAAAAAUGUUUAAGAAUUUAACGAAUUGAAAUCAACACUUCAAGAUCGUAAAGUUACAUUUGCUAAAUUUGCAUUUCGAUAAUAAGAAUUGAUAGACGAUAAGAAACUAGGUCCUGUAUUGAAAGGAAUAUGUACAAGAACAAGAAUAGGAUCUAUGUAAAUAACUGAGUUAAUACCAAAGUUCGAUCUUUAUAAAUUUCUUAAAUAAGCUCAGUAAUUAUAUAAUCUUAAAAAAGUUUAGAACCUUCCAAAAGAGUUCUUAGAAGGUAUGCACAUUGGGAAUGGGAUUAAGAAUAAGAAGAAAAGAAAGAAGUUCCUCCUUCUUAUAAAUUUACUUCAAAAACAGAAUUUGAGUAUAAAAAGAAAUUGGAAACAAAAGAUGCUGAAAAAAAAUUAAGAAAAGAUAUUAUUAAAAAAUGGGCUUCAAGUCUACCAGAUGUUGCUGGAUUAACUGCUUUUGGUAAAUAAUUUACUAUGCAAUCAUCUCCACUUAGAAGUACUAAAACUACAUUAUCUAAAACUCAUACUUAUUUCAAUCCAAAUCCAAGAAGUGAAUCACUUUUAUUUGUUUCUGGUCUUAUUCAUGAAUUAGAUGAAAUUAAAUUAGACAACUUAAAAAUAAGAAAGUAUUAUUAAUAUAAAUAAAAUUUAGAAAAUUAAGAGGUACUCAAAGUUCCUUAUAAAAAAUAAUAGAAAAGUAAUAAUAACAAAAAGUAGCUCAUAUAGAAAUUAAUGGAGAAUGA